UUCAAGGUUUUCCGCUCUCACCCCUCUUCUCGCCCCUACACCAAGUCCAAGGUGUCCGCUCUCAUCACUCUUCUCACCCCUAUACUAAGUCCAAGGUGUCCGCUCUCCUCGCCCCCUACACUAAGUCCAAGAAGUCCGCUCUCACCACUCUUCUCGCGUCUACACUUAGUCCAUUGUGUCCGCUCUCCUCACCCCCUACACUAUGUCCAAGGUGUCCGCUCUCCUCACCCCUACACUAAGUCCAAGGUGUCCGUUCUCCUCACCCCCUACACUAAGUCCAAGGUGUCCGUUCUCAUCGCUCUCCUCACCCCUACACUUAGUCCAAAGUGUCAGCUCUCCUCACCCCCUACACUAAGUCCAAGGUGUCCGUUCUCCUCACCCCCACACUACGUGCAAGGUGUCCGCUCUCCUCACCCCUACAUUAAGUCCAAGGUGUCUGCUCUCAUCGCUCUUCUCACCCCUACAGUCCAUUCCAAGGUGUCCGCUCUCACUGCUCUUCUCGCCCCCUACACUAAGUCCAAGGUGUCCGCUCUCCUCACCCCCUACACUAAGUCCAAGGUGUCCGCUCUCAUCGCUCUUCUCAUCCCCUACACUAAGUCCAAGGUGUCCGCUCUCACCGCUCUUCUCGCCCCCUAUACUAAGUCCGAGUCCAAGGUGUCCGCUCUCACAGCUCUUCUCACCCCCUACACUAAGUCAAAGGUGUCCGAUCUCCUCACCCCCUACACUAAGUCCAAGGUGUCCGCUCUCACCGCUCUUCUCGCCCCCUACCAAGUCCAAAGUGUCCACUCUUCUACAGUCCAUUGUUCCCCUUCCCUUCUCUCUCUGUGA